AUGGAGCAACAACAUGGGCCACAUGAUCACAUCAUUGAGCCCCCUCCUUCAAACGAUGCAAAUUAUAAGACCCGAGGCCAAUGGCUCAGGGCCGCGAUUCUCGGAGCCAAUGAUGGCCUGGUUUCCACCACUUCCCUAAUGCUAGGCAUCAGCGCCGUGAGAGGAGACGCUAGAUCGGUGGCUAUUUCUGGAAUCGCUGCUUUGGCUGCGGGAGCCAGUAGCAUGGCCAUCGGAGAAUUUGUAUCAGUGUACACACAACGUGAUAUACAAGCAUUCGAGCGAGAGCGUCAAGGAACUCUUCGAACGAUCAAUGGUGAUAAGGCAGACGACCCGUUACCGAACCCCUUUCGAGCUGCCACCGCAUCUGCACUGUCAUUUAUGUGUGGUGCUCUGGUUCCUCUGCUAUGUGGUGCUUUUGUACAAAACUAUGUGGCCAGGGUUCUAGCACUUGUUGGAGCCUCUAGCUUUACUUUGCUGUUGUUUGGGUCACUAGGUGCUCACUUGGGUGGUUCAUCGAUCUGGCGAGCAUCUUUGCGUGUGCUCUUUGGUGGUUGGCUAGCAAUGGCAGCCACAUAUGGGUUCCUUAAGUUGUUUUGA